GUCCCAGUUGCACAACUUCCCGCCAAAGGCGCGACCUCUUUCAUCAAGAAAAAAAAAAGAAGGCAGCGAUCACAGGUAGGUAAAGGCCAGGUAGGUGCGACGUACAUUGUCCAACAUCGGGUGUGGUUCUGCUUGCGUCUUCUGUCCUUCAUUUGGUUCCACGCCAGUUUUUUUUUUUUGUUUUCAGUUUGCUCCCGUCGAUCUUGUCCAUCUUUCUCACCCUUCCCAUCAAACCAACUCGGCCCUUCUUUUCUUCCCAUCUCAUCCCGAUUUCCCGCCUAGCCUCAUGGUCCGGCUUACCCUUUUGAAAAAACCAGACGGAUUGUCAACAACCGCCGAUUGCGCUGCGACCAUCUCACCAUGACCGCUAGGAUUUUUGAUGUUGACCAGACGGGAAACGUGCUUUGCUCGUAUGACCAUGGCGACCGUAUUGACGACAAUUCGGACGGUUCCAUGAAAAUAGAGAAAACCCAUGUACCCUUGAUCAAGGCGAUUUUUUACGCAUUUCUUCCUGCCGGCUUCCCGCACACCGUCACCGAAGACUACCUCCACUACCAGAUCUACGACUCCCUCCAGGCAUUCUCCUCGUCCAUCGCCUCUCUCCUUGCCAAUCGUGCAGUGCUCGAGGGCCUCGGUGUUGGCGAUGCGUCGCAGUCUCCUACGGCCGCCUUGGUCUUGAAGAUCAUACAAGAUACCAUCUCGCGCCUGGCUACUAUCAUGUUUGCACAUCGCAUGGGUACUGCCAUUGAGCCCGAAUGCAAAUCGUACCGAUUCCUGGCCGACAUCUUCAACGACGCUGCCCAGAUUCUCGACCUGCUUGUGCCCGUUCUUCCGCUGCUACCCAAGGUUUCGGUUUUGGUCACAUCGGGAUGUUUGCGCUCACUCUGUGGUGUCGCGGCGGGUGCCAGCAAGGCCAGUUUGUCCGCCCACUUUGCCAAGACGGGAAACCUAGCAGAGCUAAACGCCAAGGAGGCUAGUCAAGAGACAGUCGUCAGUCUCGUCGGCAUGUUGACCGGAACAGCCGUCGUCCACAUGGUGGAGGAUAAAACUGCUGUGUGGUGCUGGAUGGUUGUGUUGAUCUGCAUGCACCUCAUGAUGAACUAUCGUGCCGUCCGAAAUGUCCGCAUGCUCACCCUCAACCGUCAGCGUGCAACCAUUGUCUUUCGCGAAUUCCUCGAGACAGGCAAGGUCUUGACCCCAGCCCAAUGCUCCGCUCGCGAGAGUAUCCUGCUCAACAGUCGCGGCAACAUGGGCAGCAAGAGUGGUGACUACAAAGGAUUUUGUCAGUUCGGCAGCUAUGGCGACGUCAUGAGCUGGCGACCAUGGGGCUACCACCGCUAUGACUUUGAGACAGAUGACUACUUUAUGGGCAUCUACCACUGGAGGUCAACCUUUUACAUCCGCAUCGCAAUGAAGGAGACCAGCCGAGAGGGUCGGGCUAAUGGCCCGCUGCUGGCUUGGUUCGACGCUGUCGCGCAUGCGUACCACUUUGACUCGGCUCUCAAGGAUGGCCUCGGUAGCCAUACAGAACAUGCUGGCCCUGCCGGCUACAUCUCACCAGAGACCAAGGAGACAGUCCUCAAGGCGUUGACUGCCGCCGGCUGGGAUAUUUACGACGGACAGCUCGAGAUUAGAAGUCCCGUGCGCGUGCGUAUGGCCGACGCUGGGAAGAAGGUCCCAUUUGCGCUGCCACCCUCGGAGAAGGCGGCUAUCAUCUCCCAACACCAGCACCACGUACCAUCCACACAAUCUUCUCACGGACAGUAUCAUACAGUACCUCAGGAGAUGAAGCACGACUAGGUUGGUGAAGUCUGUUUGACAACAACAGAAGCCGGUGGGAAUGAUGAAAGUAUUGAGGAUGGAGUUUGGGGGGCUGACUUCUUUGUGCCUUUGCAAAUUCGCAAGGCUUUCACCUGUUUCGAUUUCUGACUUUUCUCUUCUUGUUUGCACAAAUGAUACCAUAUAGGGAUGGCGUCGAGGGCGUUUAAUUUUAAGGGCAUUCUACUUGACAAUAA